AUGAAGAUCGACUUAUCGAAGGCAUUCCAUGCUAUCCCCAUCGCGGAAGACCAGACGAACUACUAUCCGUUUCUCGGUAUGGACGGCACUGCGUAUAGAUACAUGCGCAUGCCUAUGGGUGCAAUGUGUGCCCCUAAGCACUUCGCGGUCGUAAUGAUGAAAGUGCUGGGACAGCUACUCGAUAUUGAUAAGACACACGUAAGGUCUUAUCAAGAUGAUAUAAUAGUAGCCGGGGAUGAUAGAAAAGAAUGUUUCGACCGAUACGGUAGAGUGAUACGUCACCUACGCGAGUAUGGCUUCAAAAUCAAUAAAGAGAAGUCAUCUACGAAUACUACACUAGUGAUACUCGGUUACGAAUUCACUAAAGAGUCUAUUGGAAUACCCAAAGACAAAGCUGAACAGAUUAGAAAAUUACUACGUUCAGAAUGUGUAGAUGGUAUAACGCGAGCGACGCACCAAUUAUCCUAUUAUAAGAUGAUCCAUAGGACGGGCGUUCGAAACUCGUUGACGAAGAUACGUCAAAUAUUACUAAAGACGAAACACGUAACAAACGUGGUCAGAGAUUUAAUAGAUGCAGUCGACUCCCCAUGGGAAAUCGAACGAAUAAGACCCUCUAAGGGCAAUACGAUAACGAUAUAUGUCGACGCAUCAGAUACGCAAGCUGGGAUGGUGGUAACGUACAACAAUCAGAAAGUUAUGGCAGAGUCGAUUCCAUUAACGAAGACAUCGACAAACUUAGCAUCGUACAAGGAAAUACAAGGCGCUUAUAAGCUGCUAACGAGAUACAAGUCUGCGAUAGACUUCAUCGAUAAGAGUGCGAGGAAGAUUAUCGUAACGGACAAUAUACGACUUUGGCAGGCCCUCGAGAGACGAGAGGAACCGCGCAACGACUUAGAAGUAUAUGCAGCACGCAUUCGAGCCUUAUAUAAGGCAGCGUACCAGCAUAUCCCAGGAGGCCAGAACCCGGCCGAUUUUUAUUCAAGGAGACACCGUCUCCUCUCUUAA